AUGGCUCCUCGUAAACACGUAACUUUAACUUUAGAUCAAAAAAUUGAAAUAAUUAAGCUAAUGGAAAAUGGCCAGAACUAUGGUAUGAUUGCUGAGAAGUACGGAAUAGGUAAAUCGACUGUUGGUGACAUAAAAAAAAAUAAAGAAAAAAUUAUGAAGUUUGUCAGCACAACUGAACGUGGUCCAGGCACACGUAAAACUUUAAAAGAACCGGAAAAUUUUGUUCUGGAAAAUGCUUUAUUUAUAUGGUUUAUGCAACAGCGGAGACGACAUAUUCCGAUAAGUGGUGAAAUAAUUUGCGAAAAAGCACGUUUAUUUCACCGUGAAAUAACAAAGCAGGAAGAUGGUUUCACUGCUAGUAGAGGUUGGCUAGACAAUUUUAAACAUUGUCAUGGUAUUAGGCGCCUUAAAAUAACGGAUGAGAAACUUUCAUGUGACGAAGCAUCAAUCGAACCAUUUCGAAAUGAGUUGCAGCGAGUCAUAAAUGAAAACAAUUUGGACCUAGAACAAAUUUAUAACGCUGAUGAAUCCGGUUUAUUCUGGCGAAUGUUACCAGAGCAUACAUUGACAUCAAGUCAUGAGAAAAACGGAAGAAAAAUGAUUAAAGCUAGAAUAACAUUCAUGCCUUGUGCUAAUGCAAGUGGAAUACAUAAAUUGCCUUUACUCGUCAUUGGGACUGCACAAAAACCACGUGCGUUUAAAUCAGUUAACCUUCCCGUAUACUAUCGUGGACAAAAAAAUGCUUGGGCCACUCGUGUUUUAUUUUUAGACUGGUUUCAAAAACAAUUUGUUCCUGUAGUUCGUGAGCACCUUUUAAAUGUAAAUUUAUCUCCAAAAGCUUUAUUAUUGUUGGAUAAUUGCCCUGGACAUCCAUCAGCAGAAGAAUUACAUAGUGAUGAUGGCAACAUUUUUGCAAUGUUUUUACCCCCUAAUACUACAGCGCUUAUUCAACCGAUAGAUCAAAAUGUAAUUCAGAAUAUUAAAUUAAACUAUCGUAAGUCUCUCUUAGUCAAUGUUCUUGCUGAUCCGGUGCAUGGUGAAAACCUUAUUGAUGCUCUAAAGGCCAUAAAUUUAAAAGACGCAGUUUUUAGUCUUGCAAAUUGUUGGAAAUUGGUCCCGCCAAUGCUCAUAAAGAAAUCGUGGAAACACUUGCUUCCUUUCCAAACAGAAAAUAAAAUCGACGAAGUUGUUGAAAUUAAUGACAUUCAACUUUCUACACUUAUAAACCAGAUACAGAAAACAUGUACGAAUAAAAUGUCUGAUUCUCAAGCACAGGAAUGGGCUUGCCGUGGCGCAGACGAAGAUUUAGCGAAUCAUGAAAUCUUAACUGAUGAUCAAAUUCUACAAAUUGCAGCAAAAGAGGAUGAUAUUGACGACGAGGAUGAAAGUGGCUCAAUUAGUACAAGUAAAGUUUCUCCUUCAGAAGCUGUGAAUGCAUUGAAUACUGUAUUGCAAUGGGCGGAAGAUGAGAACAUGGAUAGCAUUGAUAUUUUGUUGGUACGUCGAUUAAGAGAACUCGCUUUUGAAAUGAAAAUUAAAAAUACAGAUGAAGAUAAUACGACAAAAAUGUUCCUAGAUAAAAAUAAAGGAUAA